AUGAAGAUGACUAUACCAUCGAUUCCUGAAACUAUCCCCGAGAACUCCGAGCUGAAAGGCAAAGCGCCCCUGCGAGAUAUCUCUGGCAUUCCCGCCAACCCACGACAAACUAUCCGUACUCCCUCUUGGGAUCUCACGUCCACAUGGCUGAUCGGCGCCAACGACGACAUCCGUGCCUGGUGGGACUGCAUCGGUCUCCAAGUGGCCAUUCUCGCCGAUGAAGCGGGAUACAGCGUGGCUGCGCAGACGGAGAUCCUCUUGCUGCUGCACUCCAUAGUGCUAUCGAAUAUGGGCAGAUUCCCUCCAGUAGUACAGGGCAGACCAGCCGUGCAGUACAGCUGGAAAUUCAACACGGACAACUAUGACCACCCGGUCAUCACCCUCACCGUUGAAGCACCCGGUGAGCAUGCAAAGGGCUCCAGCAGUAUGACCCGUCACCAUCUCCAAGCCACGCAGAGUAUUGUGGAGCAGCUGUCUGCGCAACUACCCCCGGUCAGCCUCAAAUGGUACCGGCAUUUCAUGGCUGCGUUCCAGAUUGACCAUCAUACGGACCACUCAAGCCAUCACCGGACGUUUCUCAGCACAGAUACCACCCGUCCCCGGAUGCCUCUCUCUUUCGAGUUUACAGACACCGGCGUCAUCCCAAAGGCCUACUUCUACCCUCCUGCGCAAGCGCACGAGAGGAAACCGUCACUGGCCAUAUUCACCGACGCUAUCCGGCCCAUAUGUGAGACCAAUCCUCUCCCAGCUUUUGAAGAGCUGGUGGCGUUUGUGAAUAAUCAUCCAGUGGGGGUGACUCUCAACCCCGAGAUGCUGGGUAUGGACUGUGUCGAGCCCGCGCAGUCCUCGCUGUAUCUCCAUGCGAGCACGCCGGUAACGAACUUUGAGAGCAUCAUUGCCAUCAUGACGCUCGGUGGACGCGCGCACGGGGUGGAUAUGGCGAUCAUGGAGCUGUGGGAGCUGCUGUGUUUGAUCUUGCGGCCGAAGAGUCGAGAUAGGACGUUCUCAUGGGGCGAUGAGUUGCCCGUGUGGAAUGUACAUGGGCAGGACGAUGAAGAGCAGGGACUGAAGUACUGUUUUGAGAUUAUGCCUGGAUCAGAAGUUCCCGAGGUCGCCAUCUACAUCCCGGUUGUACGAUAUGGGCGGGCAGAUGAAGAUGUGGCGAUUGGAUUGGAGAGGUUUCUGAAGAAGAGAGGACAGGCGCAGUUUGCCGAUGGCUUUUGGAGGGUCCUAGAUAUGCUGAGUGAGGGUAUCACGGAUUCUCGACGGGUUGUAACGCAUAUCGCGUGUUCCCUUCGCGGUGAGUCAUUAGAGGUGACUUCGUGCCUGGCGCCUGGGAUUCUGCGCUCGCGAGAGGAUUGA